AUGGGCAGUGCCAUGGAACCUCGCUACCGCCUGGGGGUGGAUGUGGGCGGAACCAACACCGACGCCGUGCUCAUCCAUCUCAGUCCCGUGGCAAUCGUCGCCUCGCACAAAGCACCCACUACUCCAGAUGUCACCACCGGCAUCACCGCCGCCGUCCAGGCGGUCAUCGCGGCCGCAAAAGUGCCCCUCUCGGCCAUCGGGUGCGUCAUUGUCGGGACUACCCACUUUGUCAAUGCCGUCGUCCAGCGCUCACCCUCUUUACGCCGCGUCGCGGUGAUUCGACUGUGUGGCGGACCCGACGAGGGAUUCGGUCGCAACAUCCCUCCCUUUACGGAUUUCCCUCUUGAUCUACGCGCGCGUAUCGCAUCGUCGCGGCCAUACUUUUGCCAUGGUGGGUACCAAAUUUCAGGAGAGGAGAUCAGCCCGUUAGAUGAGACCGAGCUGGAGAAAAUCGCAGCGCAGUUGGUCCAUGAUGGGAUCUCAAACGUGGUGAUCGCUGGUAUGUACGCGCCAUUGAAUCAUACCCAGGAGACCAGGGCGAAGGACGUUCUUUUGCGAUCGAUGGAAAAGCACGCUGGUCCGUCAUACACACCGCGGAUUACUCUCUCACACGAAGUAUCUGGCCUGGGUUUCCUGGCACGCGAGAACGCGGCCAUUCUCAACGCCACCCUCCGUCCCCUGGCGGAACGGACUAUCUAUGGCUUUCAGAAAGCCAUGGAGGAUAUCUUCCAAGAUACUCCCUACACCCUGUAUCUGACUCAGAAUGAUGGGAGCGUUCUCAGUGCGGCGGAGGCAGUCCACCUUCCCAUCCGAACGUUCAAUUCAGGCCCGACCAACUCCAUUCGUGGCGGAGAGUUCCUCUGGCGCGCUGCCACAGAGGCUAACGACCAGCAGCAGCAAACUACUCGCACAGAACCACUGGUAGUCAUCGACAUUGGCGGAACCACCUCCGACAGCGGACUACUACUCCCCAAUGGUCUGCCACAGAUGAGCUCGGUGACGAGUCUGGUUGGGGGCGUGCGCACGAACUUUGCUCUGCCCGCGGUGGAAAGCAUCGGAUUAGGAGGAGGGAGUAUCAUCCGCGGCAUCGGACAGAGUGAUUGCUCCGUCGGACCGGACAGUGUAGCCCACGAGCUAUUGGAGAAAGCCCGGCUGUUCGGCGGCGAGUAUCUCACUGCGACUGAUAUUUCUGUGGCGUCUGCCGUCCAUGGCGUCACGGAGAUGAACCCGCUGAAAGGAAUGGGCGAUCCCACUAGACUAGCCGAUAUGGAUAUCGCCAUGGUGGAUCAGGCACAAUCUCUCAUGCGCCGGAAGAUUGAGGAGCUCGUCGACCGUACCAAAAUCCACAAAGACGACGUGGACGUCCUUAUCGUCGGCGGCGGUGCCCCUAUCAUCCGCACCGACGAGCCCCUUCUGGGUGUACGGCAAGUGCAGACAGUCAAGGGCGGCGAGGUCGCCAAUGCGGUCGGCGCAGCUAUCUCGCGUGUCUCUGGGGUGAUUGAUACGGUCGUGGAUACCUCCAACCGCACGGUCAAAGAGGCACAGGAGGCUGUCUGCGCCAUGGCAACUGAAAAGGCCAUCGGCAAUGGUGCCCGGCCGGAUACAGUGCAGGUGGCAGAAGUGACCAUGCUACCCAUCCAGUAUGUCGAGGCCAAGGCGCGUAUUGUUGUGCGGGCCGUGGGACAGCUGGACGUUGUAGCCAAAUCAUCCGCAGAGAAAACGGUGUCUAUUCCAGACGAAGAAGUCCAAGACACAGCUACCAUUAGCUCUCCACUUGAUACACUCAAUCCAAAAGCCGCACAACCUGACCUGCAGUCCUACCGCCCUGAAAUCCGCGACAAGCAAUGGAUCAUUUCCCCCACCGACCUCGACUUCAUCACCCGCGGCUGCAAAAUCCUCGGCUGCGGCGGCGGCGGCGAUCCCUACCAGGAGUACCUGAAAGCCAAAGCCUACCUGCACGACCACCCCGGUACGGUCCGAAUCAUAUCUCCAGACACCCUACCCGACGACGCCCUCGUCGGCUGGACCGGCUGCAUGGGCAGCCCCGAAGUGAGCAUGGAGCGCCUCGAAAACAGCGAAUGCCUACAAGCCCACGAUGAGCUGAUGCGGGUCACUGACAGCCCUCCCGUCUCUGCCUUCCUGGCCCUCGAGAUCGGCGGCGGCAACGGCAUGGUGAAUCUCGGUGUUGCCGCACAUUACAGCGUCCCCUGUCUCGACGCAGAUUACAUGGGUCGUGCGUAUCCGACCAUGUGGCAGGUUACGCCGAACGUGUAUGGCUCACCGCGGGGAGAGGCUCUCCUUCCAGCUGCGAUCGCGAGUGGCGAUGGCUCAUUCAUGACGAUGACGAGGUCACGCACGGAUCGGCUGGUGGAUAAGACGCUGCGAGCGGCGGUCGUGGAGAUGGGGUGUCGGGCUGGGAGUGCGGGUCCGCCUCAUCGAGCGGGACGGGUUCGACAGCAGGCGAUUCGGAAUACGGUUUCCCUGGCGUGGUGGAUUGGACGGGCUGUGUGUCUGGAGAAGAACAUUGCGGACAAGGCGAUGCGGAUUGUUGAAGCGGCGGGGGGACCCGAGAGUGGCGCUAUCCUGGGCGAGGGUAAGGUGAUCAGUGUGUCGAGGGUGCUGAAGACGGGGCAUUCCUACGGAGUGUUGGAGAUAAAUGGACAGUUGAGUGACGGACGCAAAGCGACACUGAACAUUCCAUUUAAGAACGAGAAUGCUUACGUUGAGGCAGUGCUGGAAGACGGAGAGAAGAAGAUCCUGGCUGCUGUGCCGGACUUGAUUGUUGUGUUGGAUGCAGAGUCUGGGGCCGGGCUGGGGACCCCGGAGUUCAAGUAUGGGCUCAAGGUGGUGGUAUUGGCUAUUGCUGCUUCGCCACGCUGGACAGAUACGCCGAGAGGGAUGGAGCUGGGCGGGCCCAAGUCGAUGGGGUUCGAGGAGGUGGAAUAUGUGCCGAUUGGCAAGUACUCUGAACCGAGGAGCGUGAUAGAUGUGUUUGGAGGCCUAUAG